CUGCGGUAUAUCCGUUUCAAAACAACACGAUUCACACCGACAUGGCACAGCAGAAAAAGGACCAACUUCGUGAAUUCCUCCGACAAAGGCUAGAUGCUGGUGAAACACCAAGUGCUUUGAAAUGGACAAACAAAGAUAACUUUGAAUUCCGAUUGGAAUGGAAACAUAAGAAGGACAAGGCAGCUGGGCGGAAUGAAGAUGCUAUCUUCCGGGAAUGGGCUAAGCACAAAGGCAAUGACACCAGAGAAAUCACAAAAUUGAAGGAAAACUUUCGAAAGGCUCUCCAGAAGUCACCAUUUGUUGAAAUCCUUCAAGAGGGUAAAACCCUUGCAUACAAAAUCUGUCGUUUAAAGUACGACUCUGGUGAAAACGCGGGUACCCCGGGAACGAGGCGCCGGAAGGAGGCGAGAGGUCAAGCGAUUAAUGCAGAGAUACCCCAAAUAGUGAAACCACUCAGUGACGCGGAUAACAGAAGACUCCGUGCCACUUACGAAGACAUGACACCCCCGAUGACACCGCCUCCAGUGGAGGCUAGUUGUCCUUCAAUAACUGACAUCGAUCUUGAUGUCAGUAUGGAAACUCCUUUGAAUUCUGAGGAAUGGCAAGAGCUUUUCGAAGACUUCGCAGCCUCACAACCUGAGGAUAUGAUCACGGAAGAAUGUGGAGUGGUUAUGCAUAUGGGCGGGCAGGAACCAAUGAUAUGUCAAGGUGAAAACUAUCCUGUACUUUCACCUCACAGACUACAAGAGAUGGAAGAGCAACACGAACCGAUUACCUUGCCGAGCAACUUGACCACCGGCCACUACCAUGGGAUUGACUUUAGGAAGGCUGAAUGUUGUGAUGGUUCAGUGCGACUUGGAGUCCAUGACAUCUUUGUGCUCAUCAAACAUCGAAGAUGCGUCCUUAACAGAUGCCACAUUGCUUGUCAUAGAGGGUUUAGAAUUAAUUACUUGAAGCCAGGUGCGCGGGAUUGUUUUGAGGGCCUUGGGGCAGAACUGAUUAGGCCUGACAUACACCCAUUCUCAGAGGUUGAAAAUGGCCAAGUGACACGAGCCAGACUUAUCCUAGAGGCAAUGAACCAAGGACUAUACAUAUUUGCAGAUGAGGAAGGGAACAUCCAUGCAGUCAGAAUAAGCAGCCUUAACAUAUUCUACGCAAACACCAUCCUCAGAGGGAAUCAAGCGUCACCCGAAAUUUUGCCGAUAAACGAAGACGUCAUCGUCUUUGAUCAUAAAGUGUACAUGAAGGCUUUCGAAAAUUGGGUGAAGAACAAGGGGACGAAACCUGACGUCCGGGUCCUUUUCUCUGUCAGUGAGAAAUGGAGCCUGGCGGAUCCUCAUGACAAGUGUGCCAUCACUAUAACCAUUGCCAACGCACGACUGCUGUUCCAAAAGAAGCAGUUUGGUCAGUGGUGGAACAACGGCCCCAUCCCAGUUUGACAGUUGAAACAAUCCGAAUUCGUCAACAAUGUCGUUCGUCAGUUUUGAGAAAGAGCGGACAGUUUGAGCGAGGACAAUAUUCUCUUUUUCCUUUCAAACAUGAAAUGAAAGUGAUGGACAGGGGAUGGUCUAUAGCCGAAGGCCUCGUCAUUUGCCUGCAGUUAGAGAUUGAACUUUUGCAGAACAAACAUUCCUAUAGUACAAGUCAGGACGACAUAGACAGCGACCAGGACUACGACCGUGUCAAGAGAUAGAGUUAAAUGAAGCUGUGACCAUUUUUUAGAAACCAAUUCCGUCAUGAAAAUGAACCCAAGAGGGCAAUUUCAUCCAACCCUUCAGGGUGUUCCAGAAAAUUCUUAUAAUUUGCAUGGCUGUAAAGAACAAUGCAUUUAGCUAAUAAACCUCAUUCUUGAUAUGUAGGCUUUUUUCAGGAAGUAUUGAGGGGGUCGGCCCUGUGAUAAA